AUGGAGACGUCUACGUACCCCGGCAUCGGCUCGGACAGGCUUCCACUGAUUCGCUGGUUCCGGGAGAUUGACAUCGCUAUCGCCUCGAGACUGAUCGAAGCGCCCUCCGCGAAGGUCAACUUCCUGUUGUCUCGCCUGACUGAGAAGGCUAAGGAAUGGGCACUUGGUAAAUUGGUUGUGGAUCCUCUUGCCUUCCCGACUCUGGAAGAGAUCCAGAGAGACCUGCGACUCGCAUUCAAGCCUCCUCAAGACGAAUCUCGCGUUCGCUCGGCAUUCUUCGCCCUCAAACAGGGGAAGAUGUCGAUGCACGACUACGUACACAAGAUACGGCAUCUCGCGUCGUGCAUCGUCACGAAGCCUAUCGACAUGGCAUCACAAGUUCAUGUCUUCGUCUCGGGCAUUCGAGAAGGAAUGACAAGAUACUGCCUCACGCGAGCCGAUCCAGAUUCGCUUGAACAAUCCUUCACUCUCGCGCUUCGAGAGGAUUAUGUGGGCUCAGGCGAGGUGGAGGUCAAGCUUGCAGACGGCAAAGCUCAUCGCGUUGCGCGACGUGAGGUGUCGCUGUCGUAUACGUUCGGCGGCUUCCGCAGCAACGAUGACUUCCUGGUGAUUGAGAUGAAUUACGACGGCUUCCGCAGCAACGAUAACUUCCUAGUGAUUGAGAUGAAUUACGCGUUCAACUUCAUUCUGGGUAUCCCGUGGCUUGCACGGUACCAGCCAGAGAUCGACUGGCUCGCCCAAUCACUCAAGCGUCGACGCGGCUUCGACAUACCAGUUCCGGCGGAUGAGCUUAACUCGGUGAAGGCAGAGGAAAAGUUGUCGAGACCUAAGAACGCCGAGCCAAAGUUGACGCGCGAGAAACGCUUCGGAGCGCAAUCCUGGGAAGUGUUGCGGGACUCGGGUAAUCCGGUGUACGACACCGCCCGCGAGUUCGCGGACAUCUUCCCCGAAAAAAUCCCCGCCGAAUUCCCGGCGGACCGAGACGCCAAUCCCGCGGAAGGACAUGGUGUGAAAUUUAUGGCGGGAAAUGUGAUCUUCAGUGCCAUCGAUCUGACCGAUGGGUUCUAUCAAAUCCUCAUGCGAGAGGGUGAUGUUCCUCUCACAGCUGUUAGCACUCUGAGCGACAUGCUCUGGGAUUGGCUUGUGCUACCCCAAGUUCUGAGGAACGCGCCGGCUGCAUUUAACCGCAUGGUCUCCCAUGUGCUGCGACCGCUUCGCGAUUUCGCAUCAAGUUAUUUCGAUGAUAUCUUGGUGCACAGUCGCGCUGAAGGCAACCUCAGCGUUAUAGACGUCCAUCUGAAGCAUCUGAGGCAAGUCUUCCAGGUGAUGAGAGAUAACAAGCUCUAUACCAACUUGAAGAAGUGUGUGUUUUGCGCACCGGGGAUUCCGGUGUUGGGCUGCUACGUAGGCAAGGAUGGAGUCCGCGCUGAUCCUGAGAAGCACAAGUAUAAGAAGGACUAUGCCAAGUUCAUACAACCGCUGUCGGCGCUGUUAAAGAAAGACACCACAUGGGUAUGGCGAGAAGGGCACCAAGCCGCAUUCGACUCGGUGAAAAGGAACUUGUCGUCCGCCCCUUUUCUGAUGCUCGCGGACGAAUCAAAAUCAUUCCACGUCGUCUGUGACGCAAGUGACUUCGCCAUCGGGUGUGCCCUGAUGCAGUUUGAUGACGAGGGCCGUGAGCGAGAGCUCCUCGCUAUGCGCUACGCUCUGGUCAAGUUCCGAGUCUACCUGCUCGGAGAAGAGACAUUUGCUGUCUACGCUGAUCAUGCAUCGCUACGAACAGCGAUGAAAUCCCGUCACUUGUCUCAGCGCAUGGCUCAACGGCUGUCCUUUUCUCCGAGUACAACUUCGUGGUACACUAAGCCUGGCAAGAAUAACAUUCCCGCCGACGCUUUGUCUCGGCGCCCAGAUUAUGAUCCCCGCGACGGUCUUGACCGUCAGACAGGGUUGAACCUGACGAGCGUUGUUCCCACGAUGUCACUUCGAGACGAGAUUGCCACCGCGUACGAGCACGACACGCAGUAUGCCGGCACCCUGAGUCACCUCAGCGCGCCGUGCGAGGCGACCCUAGAGGCUCUGCCGCGCUCUAUUCGCAGUCACAUCGAGCGAUACCGCCUCGAUGGUUCCUUGCUGGCGUACUCCAUCGAUCGGUUCGAUGCUCCGCGAGUGGUGGUGCGGAUCAUCCAUGAGUACCAUGAUGCUCCGACCAGUGGCCACUUGGGACGCGGCGAUCGCUCCUCCGCUGUGGCUAAUCUCGCCAACAAGCUCGCUCCACGCUUCAUUGGCCCUUUCAAGAUUGUGAAGAUCUUAGGCGACGCGUAUAUACUGGACAUUCCGACUUUGCUGCGCCUCCACCCGACGUUUUUCGUCGGGCGCCUCAAGCGUUACCGCCCCGCUGAAAUUCCAAGGUUCGACCACAAGGAGGCUCUGGUGGGCAUGCGUUGGGCGCCCCACCCGACGUACCUGUCGCGCCAUCGAUCCACCACGCUCGCGCAAGCGAUCGUCUCCGCGGCGCAGUCCGCCGUGAGCAAGAGCGAGAACGAGACUUUGAAUGCCAACGCUGAUGACGACGAGCUGGAGAAGGAGAACGAGAACGCCAUCCUCGCCUCGACCCGCGUCGACGUAGCGCGCCACGAUUAG